CUGUUGAUUGCUGACUGCGGGGCUUUUAUUUAUCCUCAAUGGGGCGGCGGGAAAAUUCAAUAGCAUGCCCAUGAAUAAAGCAAAAAGGAAGUUACGGGGAGAAAAAAAGUAUCUGAGAGGCGAUUCCAAGGGAGUUGUUUGAUAAUUGUGUUUAUCGAACUUCCACCGCGCGGACGUUAAUAUUGGAUGGUCGCGGCUGUAGGCAAUUGGUCAUCGCCACGGAGACGAAUGCCCACCAAACACGGGGAUCCUCACCAGGUGGGGCUUCAGGACACUCACUUGCAGUACAACGCAACGGUUGAAAACACACCAACCGCCAAGGAUACGUCUCUGUGCCUAAUUAGUGGGUUUCACAAAGCGCCUCUACUCCCAUCGAAGCUCAAUCACUUCCUGCCAUUCAGUGGACGGAAGUCGUUGUGAGUGGAGUGAAAAUUGAGAGAGAGAAAAAAAAAGUUUUCCGGUGCCCGAUGUUUGUUAGAAAAGUGAAAAUUCGCUUCAAGUGGAUUAUCCUUUUGGUUUUCCAGACCUUCCUUCGUGGUGUGGAUUUGCAAACAUCACAAAAUAUCAAUGUCUUGUACAUAAAUGAGGUGGGAAAUGAUAUAGCAGCAAAAGCCGUGGAUGUUGCUGUGAACUACGUCAAGAAGAAUCCCAAUCUUGGUUUAUCCGUCGAAGUGGUGUCAGUUGAAGGGAAUAGAACUGAUUCAAAGGGUCUCCUUGAAGCACUUUGCACGGCCUAUUCAAGAGCCUUGGUGAUGAAUCGUCCACCACACGUAAUUCUGGACACCACAAUUACUGGAAUUGCCUCAGAGACGGUUAAAUCCGUUAGUUCCGCUCUUGGGAUUCCCACCGUGAGUGGCUCCUUUGGUCAGGAAGGGGAUCUUCGGCAGUGGCGAGAUCUGAGCGACAAGAAGAAGAGCUACCUACUCCAAAUUAUGCCACCUGCCGAUCUUAUUCCUGAAGUAAUUCGUGGCAUUAUAAUCAAUCAAAAUAUCACAAGUGCAGCCAUCCUAUAUGAUUCCUUCUUUGUGAUGGAUCACAAGUACAAGGCCCUCCUUCAGAACAUCCCAACACGCCACGUUAUCACGGCAAUCAAUACCGAGCAACGUGGUGAACAAAUUGAGAAGCUGCGGAAUCUCGAUAUCAACAACUUCUUCAUUCUCGGGGAGCUUCAAUCAAUUAAAGCUGUUCUAGAAGCAGCAAAGAAGGAAUACUUUGAGCGGAAUUUCGCCUGGCACGCUAUUACAUUGCAAAAAGGAGACUUGGCAGCAAAUUUAGAUAACGCCACAGUGAUGUACCUUCGUCCUGUACCCGAUAGUAAGGCCAAAGAUCGUCUUGGUGUCAUGAAAACCACCUACAAUCUCAAACAAGAACCCGAAAUCACAUCAGCUUUCUACUUUGACUUAGCUCUGAGGACUUUUCUAGCUGUUCGGGAGAUGCUGCAAGUUGGAGCAUGGCCAAUGGAUAUUAAAUACUUAAAUUGCGACAACUACGACGGUACAAAUACUCCGGAACAUACAAUUGAUCUCAAAUCCUACUUUAUUGGGGUCUCAGAACCAACAACUUAUGGGACCUUUGAGUUCAAUACAAGACCUGCAUUACCCUUCAAUGGGUACAGCUUCAUGAAAUUCGACAUGGAUAUAAAUGCUGUGUCCAUCCGUGGUGGGGCAUCAGUUAAUACGAAGACUCUUGGCUCUUGGACAUCUGGGCUAGAUGCAACGAUUUCAAUUAAAAAUCAAGAAGAUAUGAGGAAUUUAACUGCUGAUGUAGUUUACAGGAUUUACACAGUUGUGCAACCACCAUUCAUUAUACGCGACAAGGAUGCACCAAAAGGCUACACAGGCUACUGCAUUGAUCUAAUUGAGGAGAUUGCGAAGAUUGUGAAAUUCGACUACAUGAUCCAAGAAGUUGAAGAUGGAAAGUUCGGCAAUAUGGACGAGAAGGGCGACUGGAAUGGUAUUGUGAGGAAACUAAUGGACAAACAGGCUGAUAUUGGGCUUGGUUCAAUGUCCGUCAUGGCUGAACGGGAGACUGUAAUUGAUUUUACAGUCCCAUACUACGACCUCGUUGGCAUCACCAUCAUGAUGCAGCUACCAAGUACCCCAAGUUCACUCUUCAAGUUCCUCACAGUGCUGGAGACAAAUGUGUGGCUCUGCAUCCUAGCAGCGUACUUCUUCACAAGCUUCCUCAUGUGGAUCUUUGAUCGAUGGAGCCCGUAUAGUUAUCAGAAUAACCGUGAGAAGUACAAAGAUGACGAUGAGAAGAGGGAAUUUAACAUUAAGGAGUGUCUGUGGUUCUGCAUGACUUCCUUGACGCCACAGGGUGGUGGUGAAGCUCCUAAGAAUCUCUCAGGACGCCUAGUGGCAGCAACGUGGUGGCUUUUUGGAUUCAUCAUAAUUGCUUCGUACACCGCUAACUUGGCUGCCUUCUUAACUGUCUCACGUUUAGACACACCCGUUGAGUCAUUGGAUGACUUAGCGAAGCAGUAUAAGAUCCUCUAUGCUCCACUUAAUGGCUCCUCUGCCAUGACGUACUUUCAACGUAUGGCAGACAUUGAGGGGAGAUUCUAUGAGAUCUGGAAGGAUAUGUCCCUCAAUGAUUCCCUAUCUGCCGUUGAGAGAUCCAAAUUAGCCGUCUGGGAUUAUCCUGUGAGUGAUAAAUACACCAAAAUGUGGCAGGCAAUGCAGGAAGCUGGACUACCCAAUAGCCUGGAGGAAGCCGUUGGUAGGGUGAGGAAUUCCACAACAGCAACGGGAUUUGCCUUCUUGGGCGAUGCAACGGACAUACGCUACUUGGUGCUCACAAAUUGUGAUCUCCAAAUUGUUGGGGAGGAAUUUUCGCGAAAACCCUACGCCAUUGCCGUCCAGCAGGGAUCACCGUUGAAGGAUCAAUUCAACAAUGCCAUCCUGUCGUUGCUGAAUAAGCGACAAUUGGAGAAGUUUAAGGAGAAAUGGUGGAAGAAUGAUGAUGUGCAGAGCAAGUGUGAGAAGCCAGAAGAUCAAUCAGAUGGGAUAUCCAUUCAGAAUAUUGGCGGUGUGUUCAUUGUUAUCUUCGUGGGGAUCGGUAUGGCGUGCGUGACGCUCAUCUUUGAGUAUUGGUGGUACAAAUACCGCAAGAAUCCAAAGAUUAUCGAUGUCAGCGAGGCCCCAGUCACCCAAUUGGGUGGUGGGAAGCAGCAUCAUGAACAGGGUGGGAAGAUUGUCGAUAUGGGGGGUCUCAUAAAGUUUGACGGCAAAGGUGCCACCAAUAAUGCAGCAUUGCGCACACGAAAUCCCCAGGCAGGCUUCAAGCCACGCUUCUAAGCACGCACAACAGGGCCGCGCGCGAAAGGUUUUUUUUUUUUAUCUUUUUCAUUGUCGCAACUCUGCACGUGAUUGUGGCAACGCGUGGUCAUCCCACCGCCCCCGCCUGGACUUGAUCACCACCACGGAGACGCACACUACAAAGCAAAAAGUUGUAAAAGAAAAAGAUCUCGCACAGCUCAAUUUGCCUCAAAUUGCACUCGAGUUGUGUUUCAUCAAUAAAAAAAUAUAAAGAAAAUAAAAGAAUGGCAAGCAUUUUGUU